AUGAAUCACAUCUAUCAAUAUGGCGUCUUCAGCGCCCUGAUGCAGGGCUUCUCCUCCGACGGAGCGACAGUCUCCAAUGUCCUCUCCAGAUGCAACCACGGCCUUGGCACCGUCUGCGGCCUGAAUGGCGAGAUCGUCAUAGUAGACGGCGAGGCCUAUCACUUUACCCCAGACAAUAAACUACACCGGCUGGCGCCUACAGACCAUCUACCAAUGAUCGUCGCCACGGACUUUCAGCCCACGCUGACCAAACCCCUGAACACGUUGCGCAUGGACACCCUACACGAAGCCCUGCAUCCAUUCUUCCCCGCCAAUCAGAAUAACUUUAUCGCCGUCCGCGUGGACGCCACGUUCAAGAAGAUCGUGUACCGCAUCGGUGGCCCGCAGAUCCGCCCACGGGAGCCGUUGCUAGAACUGUCUAAGCGCCAGGUCGUCAAGACGUACGACAAUGUCGCCGGCACGCUGUUCGGGUUCUAUUCCCCGCCGUACACGAACGGGAUCUGCGUCGCCGGCUUUCAUCUGCAUUUUCUGUCUUCAGACCGCCAGGCUGGUGGUCAUGUCUUGGAGUUUGAGGCUGAGAAUGUCGAGUUGAAGGCCGCAGUCAACACGCAUGUGCAUCUGGAGUUGCCUGCGUCGGAGGAGUUCAACCAGGAGUUGAUGCAGGCGGACUUGGCAAAGGACUUGCAUCUAGCUGAGUGA